UAUUUUUGCGUAAAUUUACUCACUCCCACAUCUUAUUUUUCAUUGUUUUUGUUUUAAUAUUCGCCAUUCUUAUCUAAAUUAAACUUUUUAAUUUAAGAAACUUAUUAACUAGAAAGGUAUAUAUACCUAAAUAUACACUUAUAAACUUUAUUUUAGUGUCUACUUCAAAAAUUCAAUUAUGAAAUUUAUUGUAUUAUUAUUUUUGGUUGCCGCUGUGAAUGCCAGAUUCGGAUCUCAAGAUGAUUUGGCCGUCCUAGCCAGUGUGGACAGACCAAACAGACCCUUUAGACUGUCGGAUUGUCUUCUACAUGCCGACAGUGACCCUUGCAGCGGUAAUGGUCGAGAUACCUAUCCUGUUUGGAAAUGGGACAUAUUUUUACGUAGUUGCGUAAGAGCAAGUGCUCGUUCAAGUUGUACUCCCACCCAUAAUAACUUUCCGACUCAUGAAGCCUGUUCAAAACUUGCAGGAAUAAUAUGUAGAAAACUUAGGAGCCUUUUUUACUGAAAUAACAUAAGUUCUACAUGUAUAAUGUACUGCUCUGUCCACAUUUUACCUUGUGUUUGACUUUUUGACAUCCAUUACGGAAACCUUUCCUAAAUACAAAUUAUUCAACUUC